AUGUCCUUAAAAAGAUCUUUACUUUUAAGGCUUACAGACACAGGUGAACCGAUUACAAGUUGCUCUUAUGGGCCCGGUGUUCUUACUCUACCCUCAUUGCCCCUUUCAGAACUUGAUGAAGAAGGUACUCCCUUAUAUACAGUCAAAUUAUUAAUUGCUGCUGGGUCUCCUGUGGCAAGAGAUGGUUUAGUCUGGACAAAUUGUCCUCCUAAUAAGGAAACUCCAUUCAAGAGAGAUAAAUUCUAUAAGAAAAUUAUUAAGUCAAGCUUCCAUCAUGAUGAUACCAUUGAUUUGGAUGUCUUCAAUCCAGGUUCAUAUUGUUUCUAUCUUUCCUUUAGAAAUUCUGAAGAACAAUUGGAAACUACAAGAAAAUUUUAUUUCUUGGCAUUACCUAACUUGACUCUAAAUGGGAAAACUUUACAAUUGAAUUCAAUCGCUAUGCAAAGUGUAGUUUCUAAAUGGAUGGGUAAAGACUGGGACAAGGUCUUUAAAAAGAUUGCAGACAAGGAAUACAAUAUGAUUCAUUUUACACCCUUACAAGUAAGAGGUGAAUCUAAUUCUCCUUAUUCCUUGGCUGAUCAUUUAGCAUUUGAUCCUGAAUUCUUCAGCUCUCCCGAAGAUGUCAAGAAAAUGAUACAACACAUACAUAAGGAUUAUAAUAUGUUGUCCAUGACUGAUAUGGUCUUUAACCAUACUGCCAAUAAUUCUGCAUGGUUGUUGGAUCAUCCAGAAGCAGGUUACAAUCAAUAUACUGCACCUCAUUUGAGAGCUGCCAUUGAAUUAGAUGAAACUCUUUUGAAAUUUAGUGACAAUCUGAAGAAUUGGGGUUGUCCAACUGAUUUAAAAACAGUGGAUGAUUUAUUCAAGGUGAUGGAUGGGAUUAAAAUUCACGUUCUUGGUGUAUUAAAAUUAUGGGAAUACUAUGUUGUUAAUGUCGAUGAUGCUCUUAAGGAAAUUGAAGACAAUUGGGACAAAGCAGCUCUUUGGGAUGGUCCUUCCUUAGAUGAUGUGAAAGAUGAUCUGAAUAAAAUCGCUAACUUUGUUCGUGCUCAUGCAACAAGAGAAAAUUUUGGUGUUUUGGCAGGGAGAAAAUCAAAUCAAGUGGAUCCCAAGAAAUUUAAUGAGAUAUUGAAAACUCUAUAUGGUAAUGACCUUAAUGAAAACACUUUGGAAAAGGCUCACCAAAUUUUGGAUUCUAUAAACUUACCGUUAUACAAGGAAUACGACGAUGAUGUCAAUGAGAUUUUAGAACAACUAUUUAAUCGUAUUAAAUAUUUGAGAAUUGAAGAGGAUGGUCCAAAACAAGGUCCUAUUACAAAAGAAAAACCACUAAGUGAGCCUUACUUUACCCGUUUUACGGGCAAAGAUGGUAAGAAGUAUGCAUUAGCAAAUAAUGGUUGGAUUUGGAAUGGCAACCCAUUAGUAGAUUUUGCGUCAUCCAAGUCUAAAACGUACCUACGUAGAGAAGUCAUUGUUUGGGGUGACUGUGUCAAAUUAAGAUAUGGUAAAGGACCAGAAGAUUCUCCAUAUUUAUGGAAGAGAAUGGCUGAAUAUGUGGAAAUGAAUGCAGCAAUCUUUGAUGGUUUUAGAAUAGACAAUUGUCAUUCAACUCCUCUUCAUGUGGGUGAAUAUUAUUUAGACUUAGCAAGAAAGGUCAAUCCAAAUCUUUAUGUUGUCGCUGAAUUAUUCACUGGUUCAGAAGCUACAGAUUGUUUAUUUGUUGAAAGAUUGGGUGUCUCUUCUUUAAUCAGAGAAGCAAUGCAGGCUUGGUCAGAGGAAGAAUUAUCCAGAUUAGUACACAAGCAUGGUGGAAGACCAAUCGGUUCAUACAAGUUUGUACCUAUGGAUGAUUUCCCAUUCCCUGCUGAUAUACCAUUAGAUGAAGAAUACUGUAUGAUUAAUCCAGAGGAUAAUGCCCUUAGAUGCGUUUCAGAAAUUAUGAUACCAAAAAUUUUAACUGCAACACCUCCUCAUGCUUUGUUUAUGGAUUGUACUCAUGAUAAUGAAACUCCUUUCCAAAAGAGAACCGUAGAGGAUACGUUACCAAAUGCAGCACUUGUUUCUUUAUGCUCCUCUGCUAUUGGAUCAGUAUAUGGUUAUGAUGAGAUUUUCCCAUAUCUACUAGAACUAGUCACAGAAACCAGAACUUAUGACACUAAAGAAUGUAAUGGUAUUGGUAAAGUUAAAUCAUUAUUGAACGAAAUAAGAGAAGAUAUUGGUUCAAAAACUAAAGAUAUCGAAGAUUGUGAAAUGCAUGUUCACCAUGAAGGACAAUAUAUCACGUUUCAUCGUACUGAUGUUAAAUCAGGUGCAGGUUAUUAUUUGAUUGCAAGAACCAAAUUUUAUGACGCCGGUGAGCAAAAGCUUCCACCAGUAAUUCUUAACGAUUCACAAUGUAAAUUGAAGUUUGCGUAUUCCUUAGAAAAGGUCGGUGAUGUACCUAAUUCAAAGGAAUUUAUUAAAGGAAUUCCCACGAAACUAAGAGAAUUAACUGAUUUUGAGGUUAAAUAUGAUAAAAAUUCGAGAAGUUCCACAAUUAUUGUUCCCGAAGACUUCCCACAAGGUUCAAUUGCAGUUUUUGAAACCCAACAGAAUGGUGUAGACACAUGGUUGGAUCAUUUCUUGAGAAGUGGUGCUCUAAGUGCUACGAGAAACGUCACUUUGGAAUCAUUAAAUUGCAUAUUAUAUCGUGCCGAAUCUGAAGAACUUGAAUCUAGUGCAGGUAAGAAUGGAGCCUAUGAUAUUCCUGACUUCGGGAAGUUGGUGUACUGUGGGUUACAGGGUUGGAUUACCAUCCUUCAAGAUAUUGUUUUCAAUAACGACUUGGCACAUCCUUUAAGUGCAAAUCUUCGUAAUGGUCAUUGGGCAUUAGAUUAUACAGUGGAUAGGCUAGACCUUUAUAAGGACCAACCCGGUGUUGAAGAUAUUCAAGAAUGGUUGCGUAGUAGGUUCGAUAAGAUCAAGAAAUUGCCAUACUAUUUGACCCCAAGUUAUUUCGCUCUUAUUAUUGGUGUCCUAUAUGGAUGUUGUCGUUUAAGAGCAAUGCAAUUAAUGUCGGAAAACAUUGGUAAAUCUACUGUUUUUGUUCAGAGUUUGGCCAUGACCUCAAUUCAAAUGGUUUCCAAGAUGAAAUCUACUUCUAUUUUACCAUUUGAAAAUGUUCCAGCAAUGGCUGCGGGCCUUCCUCAUUUCAGUACUGAUUAUAUGAGAUGUUGGGGUAGGGAUGUGUUUAUUUCCUUAAGAGGGUUAUUAUUGACUACUGGUAGGUUUGACCAAGCUAAAAGUCACAUUUUAGCGUUUGCAAAAACUUUAAAACAUGGUUUGAUUCCUAAUUUGUUGGAUGCUGGUAGAAACCCUAGAUAUAAUGCUCGUGAUGCAGCAUGGUUCUUUACUCAAUCCAUUCAAGAUUAUGCAACUAUUGUUCCAAAUGGUACAGAUAUUUUGAAGGAAGAAAUUACUAGAAGAUUUCCAAAGGACGAUACAUAUGUUGCUUUGGACGAUUCUAGAGCAUUUAGCGAAACUAGUUCACUUGAAGAUAUUCUUUAUGAAAUCUUGAGUCGUCAUGCGAGAGGCAUUAAAUAUAGAGAAGCCAAUGCUGGUCCCAACUUGGAUAGAGUCAUGACUGACAAGGGAUUUGAUGUGGAAGUUCAUGUUGAUUGGUCAACUGGGUUAAUACACGGUGGCUCACCAUACAACUGUGGGACAUGGAUGGAUAAGAUGGGUGAGAGUGAAAAGGCUCAUUCCGUAGGUGUCCCAGGUACUCCAAGAGAUGGUGCUGCGGUUGAGAUCAAUGGUUUAUUGAAGAGUUGUUUAAGAUUUGUGAUCGAUUUGAAUAAGCAAGGGAAAUUUAAAUACACUGACGUGGUUAAACAGGAUGGUGAGAAAAUAUCGUUAGAAGCUUGGAAUGACUUGCUUCAAGAAAAUUUUGAAAAGAAAUUCUACGUUCCAAAAGAUCCUGCUCAAGAUAAGUUUUAUGAUAUUCUUCCUAACGUCGUUAACAGGAGAGGUAUUUACAAAGAUCUUUACAAGUCUAGUAAGCCAUAUGAAGACUAUCAAUUAAGACCUAAUUUUGCUAUUGCCAUGACCGUUGCUCCAGAAUUAUUCACACCUGAAUAUGCUACAUUUGCGAUUAAUAUAGCCGAUACGGUACUUAAGGGCCCUGUUGGUAUGCGUACCCUAGAUCCUAGUGAUUAUAACUAUCGUCCAUAUUAUAUCAACAGUGAGGAUUCUGAAGAUUUUGCCACAUCCAAGGGUAGAAACUACCAUCAAGGUCCUGAAUGGGUUUGGUGUUACGGUUACUUCUUAAGAGCAUUUCACUAUUUCAAUUUCCAUACUAAUAUCCGUUGCCAAAAUGAACCAAAGGAUAAACCAUCCUCAUAUCUUUACCAACAAUUAUAUAACAGAUUGGCAGGUCACAGAGAAUGGCUAAAAAAUAGUGAAUGGCGUGGCUUGACAGAGCUAACUAAUAAGGAUGGAGAAAUUUGUAACGAUUCUAGUCCAACACAGGCAUGGAGUUCAGGAUGUCUCUUAGAUGUUUUCUAUGAUCUUUGGAGUGCCUAUGAAUGA